AUGGAGCAGGCGAGGUUUGUGCUCGCCUCAUGUGCCCCUCCCAACCAGAUCAUUAGAUCAUUAGAGCUGAAAGAUACCUUUGAGAUGAAGUCAAGCAGUGGACUUAAUGUGUCCAUACGGUUAUGGAAAUGGCCAUUGUUGGUGAUGGGGCCUGGACCUCUGUAUCUGCUUCUGUUCCUGCUGCUGACCCUGCGGCUGCCACCCCAAAGCCAGGCUUUGAGCAGACCUGUCUGGUACCAGGUGGGGCUAGACCUACAGCCGUGGGGAUGUCCACCCCCCGUCCUGGUGGGCUGUAGUGGGGGUCUGGCCUGCCCUCACCGAUGGAUGGGCCUGAGCACCAUGGGUAGUGUCUACCCCCUGACAGCCUUCACAGUCACCGUGUUGAUUGUGGCUACCCACUUGGUCUACCAGAGACACCAAAUCUUCUUCUCCCGAAUGCUGACCACCCGAACGCAGUCGAUUGUGCCUCCAGAGCUCCUUUUGCCCCCCAGUUCGGGGUCGCCGCUUUCCGACCGGGCCCUGCUCUACAAUGUGCUGCACAUGUUAGAUGCUCUCCUAAACUACAUUGAGGGCCAACUUCAGCAGCUGGCAAAACAUUCCCCUUCCUCAACUUCUGCCAGCUGA